AUGGCUAGACCUUUACUUAAGUUCCUAUUAAUUACAACUUUAAUUGUAUCAGUCCAGGCAGAUGUAGGUAUCAUAUUCAACGAAUUACAAGUCCAUAAAGAUUUGGAAGUCCUCCUCAUAGAUAUUUUAAACGGCUUGAUCAGAAACGAUGCGGUUACUUGUCUAACGAUAGUUUGCGAUGAUGUGUAUUUAAAUGUUUUUGAAGGAGCCCUAUUCAAACGGACUUUAAAUGUGCCGUAUAAUAUGAUUGUAGUGGAGGAUUAUGAAGAUUUGUUGUCACCGAAUUUCAGUACUUUAGAAUCUUUGAUGCAGGCGAGGACUGAUGGGUGCAACGUUUAUGUUAUUUUAAUGGCUAAUGGUUUACAGUUGACUAGGCUUCUGAGAUUUGGAGACAGCACCAAAAACAAAGCUUGGUUCGACCUUUCAACGGUUCCGUUUCCGAACCCUAUAAAAGGAAUUUUCAUAUCGCGACGUGUAGACAUAUGGAAGAACGGGAAACUACACUAUGGCAGAGACCUAUUUGCGGAUAAAACUAGAAAUUUGUAUGGUGAAAUUCUAAAUGUGGUAUAUUAUGAUCAUUUACCAUCUGUUGUUAUUAUGAAAUCGAAUAACACCAAAGUUGGGGGCGUUGAGAUUGAAAUUUUGAAUACUUUAGCACAGAAAAUGAAAUUUGAGCCAAAAUUAUAUCAAUCGCCUAAUCCUGAUUUACAUAAAUGGGGUGGAAAACUAAGUAACGGUUCUUUUUCCGGUCUCCUUGGUGAGAUGGUACACGGGAAAGCGGAUAUGGCUUUGGGAAAUUUGCAAUAUACACCUUACCAUUUGGAGUUAACCGAUUUGAGUAUACCAUAUACAGCACAAUGUUGGACAUUUCUAACUCCCGAGGCUCUGACUGACAAUUCUUGGAAAACCCUUAUUUUACCUUUUACUCUUCAUAUGUGGAUUGUUGUAUUGAUGGUGUUAUUUGUGACCGGAUCAAUAUUUUAUGGUCUCGCCAUGUACUACAUACACCUUCUCGAUUAUAAGGCAGAAAGUGUCAAUAUUAAAAAAGAAAAAAAAUACUACGAUACAAAACCUGUUGGCUUGUAUUUAUUUGGUGAAAUAACUAACAGCAUUCUUUAUACCUAUGGAAUGUUACUUGUCGUUUCUUUACCCAAAUUACCUACUGGUUGGUCAAUACGUUUACUGACUGGAUGGUAUUGGUUGUAUUGCAUACUUUUAGUUGUAUCGUAUAGAGCCAGUAUGACUGCUAUUUUGGCUAAUCCAGCCCCAAGGGUCACUAUCGAUACUCUGAAAGAGUUAGUUGAUAGUAGAAUUGCCUGUGGAGGAUGGGGCACUGAGACGAAGAUGUCUUUUGAACAGUCAUUAGACGAGAUUGGUCAAGAGAUAGGAAAACGGUUUGAAGAGGUCAACGACCCGGAAAUAGCUGCACAAAAGGUCGCUAAAGGCAUCUUCGCGUAUUACGAUAGUUCAGAUUACCUAAAAUAUUUAAGUGUCAAGCGAAAAAAUGAUAUGAACUUUGAGAAUACCACAUCAAAUAUAACAAAUUAUUCGAAUGAAAGGAAUUUACAUAUAAUGUCAGAUUGUGUUGUGAAUGUACCGAUUUCUAUUGGUUUUCAUAAGAAUUCGCCUUUGAAGCCCUUGGCAGAUGUCUACAUUAGACGGAUAGUUGAAGUUGGGCUUGUAGAGAAAUGGUUAAAUGAUGCUAUGUAUAAAAUAAGAUCUAUGGACACUACUGAAGAAGAAGUUAAAGCUUUGAUUAAUUUGAAAAAACUAUACUGCGCUUUCAUAGCUCUUGCAAUUGGAUAUACUUUAAGCUUCAUUUGCCUUGUCGGUGAAUGGCUGCAUUGGCGUUAUGUGGUAACAAAAGAUCCAAAUUUCGACAAAUAUGCAUUAGAUAAAUAUUAUAAGAAUAAAAAUAAAAAGACU